CCUUCAUUUUCGAGCCGAGCUUCCUUCCAGUUUCCACACGCACACAAACCGAGACAACAAUGGCCGCCCUCGCAGUUGCAGAAGGAACCACUGACCCGCAGAAGAAGAACAGGAUUCAGGUCUCCAACACCAAGAAGCCUCUCUUCUUCUACGUCAAUCUCGCCAAAAAGUAUAUUCAGCAGCACAACGAGGUUGAGCUAUCUGCCUUGGGCAUGGCAAUCACUACAGUUGUCACUAUUGCUGAGAUCCUGAAGAACAAUGGACUGGCUACUGAGAAGAAAGUUUUGACAUCUACUGUUGGCAUGAAAGAUGAGAAUAGAGGCCGAGUCAUUCAAAAGGCUAAGAUUGAGAUUGUUCUGGGGAAGACACAGCAGUUUGACUCUCUGACUACAACUGCUACUACUGAAACACCAGAGGUGACUGCAAAUGGCAAGGAAUGACAAAAUGGGAGUGCGCAAUUUGAUGUCCAAUUCAUUGUUGUAGUAUGAUACUGAUAUUCACAUUCUUUCUUACAGUUCACUGUAGUAGAUAUAAUUGACAGGAUAUAGAUAUACGAGAAAACAUUCAGGCAACAUAAUGCUGUAUAGCAGAAUGGCCUGUUGCAGCUGUAUGCUUCUCUUCUCUGCUGUCUCUUAGAAGAGAGGAACUGUAGAAAUCAUCACCUGUUGUCUUUAGCAUUUUAGAUUUGUAAUGUUCAGGUUACUGAAAUUUU